AUGAGUGAUUAUUUAAGUGAUACAAGUGAUACUGACCCUUUCCAUAACUCAGAUGAUAGUGACAAGGACCCUGACUAUGUAGAUUCAAGUGAUAACGAAAAUAAUCAAGGAUUCACAGCACAAGCUCCUAGUUCAACAACUGAUACUUCCGAAGAUGAAUUUGAUGAAGACCAAGCAGGGCCAUCCAGACCACAUGUUACUACAUCCAGAACUGAUACUUCUCAUAUUACUGCCAACGACGAGAUUAUUGAAAACGAAGCCGAAAACAACGACGCCGGAAUGGAAACUAAAACUAAGAAAAGAAAAAGAAGGCCUGAAAAAUGGAAGAAAAAUAUAAAUAAACUAAAAAGAAAUUCAGGCAAACAGUAUAUUAAUAAAAAGGGUAUAGUUGUCUCGGAAAAGAGGUUGGGUCCUAGAUGUCAGUGCCGUGGGAAAUGUUUUGAUAUUUUAACAGAAGUUGAGAAAAACACAAUAUUUGGAAACUUUUACUCCAUGCAAGAUAAAAAUAUUCAGGACUCAUACUUGGGUGCACUUAUAGAUGUGAAAAAGGUAGUAAGGAGAAGAAAAACCACUGAGGUUGAAAAAAAAAUCUAUUCCUAUUACUACCACGUCAAAGUAGGCCCUAAAAGUGUGAAGGUUUGCCGUACAGCCUUUUGUAGCCUGCAUGGAAUACAUAAGUCACGUGUUUUGAGGAUUUGUCAUUCUAGGGCCUCUGGAUCCUUGCUUGAGAAAGAUAAGCGUGGAAAACAUCAGAAUAGACCGAACAAAGUUCCUGACGAAGUGGUUGCUACAGUAAAAAAUCACAUUGAAAGUUUCCCAGCACGCGAGUCCCACUAUUCCAGAAAUAAAAAUAAGAAAAAAUUUCUGCCCGCUGAGUUAAAUGUAAAAAAAAUGUAUGAGCUUUACUUAGAAAAGUAUGAUUUUGACCAAUAUUCUCUGUUAAAAAACCAUCAAAAAAUCAAGCCCAAGGUUACAUAUGAUUUUUACUAUCGUUAUUUUACGCAAAACUAUAACUUAUCCUUCGGAUAUCCCAGAAGUGACACCUGCUCUUCUUGCGACGUAAUGAAAAUUCGUAUUGAAGCUGCCUCGACAGAGGAAGAAAGAAGGGAAUUAACAGUCCAGAAGGAAGUGCAUCUUCGCAAAGCCCAAGCAUUCUAUGAUGACUUAAAAGAAAAAUCAGAACUAGCAGUAACCGAUCCCUCUGUCGAAACGAUCUGUUUUGAUUAUCAGCAGAACCUACCACUUCCUGUUUUGACGACUGGUGACAUAUUCUAUGCAAGGCAAAUAUGGGUUUACAACCAGAUGUUCCAUUCCUGCUCAAACAACCAAUCAGUAAGCUACAUGUUUGACGAAAUGACUGCAAAAAAGGGUUGCAUCGAAUCGAUUUCUUUUUUAAUGCAUUUCAUAGAGAAAUAUGUCAGCAAAACUGUCACAACUUUGUACAUCUUUACUGACAACUGUGCGGGGCAAAACAAAAAUGCGGUAAUGGUGCAUUUUUUGCUAGCCUUAGUCAGUAAUGGAAGAUUCAGAAAAAUAGUUCAUCACUUACCAGAGCCAGGACACAGCUUUUUACCCUGCGAUCGAAACUUUGGUCAAAUUGAAAAGAAAAAACGCAAGAAAGAGCUUCUUUAUUUGCCAGAUGAAUGGUAUGAUUUGGUUCAGAGCUGUGGCAAAAAGUUUGUUGUCGAGCGGGUGGAACAAGACAUUAUAUUUGAUUUUAAAAGUUAUCUUGAACCAUAUUUUAAGAAGACUUCCGUAAUAAAGAAAAAACCAUUCACCAUUUCAAAGUAUAGGAUCUUCAUCUAUGAUUCUGUUCAACCUGAUCAAGUGCUUGUUACAGAAACUCACAAUAUUGCUCUUGUCGUCGGAUAUCCUUUGUAUAAAUCUCCAGGUACCAAAAUCGAUUUACAUGUGGCUCCUUUAGCAUACCAUGAGAAGUUAGCCUUAAAAACCAAAAAGUAUGACAGCAUAAUGCCUAUUGUCAAAAAAUAUGUUCCACCUAUUUAUUUGGAAUAUUAUAAUACAAUAAAACGGGCAGCAGAUGAGAAUAAUGCCGAAGAUUCCGAUUGAUUUUAUCUUAAAUGUAUCUAGUUUACUUUUCUCUACACUUACUUGUAUAAAGCUAUGUUG